UAUGACAUGCGAUAUUUGAUGCUUAACGUCAAUGAAUCGUGAAAGUCAUAUAUAUUUCGUUACGCGAAAACCAGUCGCAAUGGACGUUAAAUAUAUUUUAAUUUAUUUUAGAGUAAUUUGCUUUAUAUAUUGAUAUUUUAGAUGAAUAUUCGUGGAAAUUAACAUUUUUUACCCUCUUAUUUGAUAGGAUGAGUACGUUAAGUAGCAUAUUUUCAUUGUUGUCAAAUAGACUAAUGAAUUAAUGAUCGAUGGUCACUACACUAUCGAUAAAUAUUGAAGUAUGAUUGAUAAUGAAAAUUGGUUUCGCGAAAGCAUUUUGUAACCAUGGGCCACAACAAAAUAAACUUCAAAUUCCAACUGACUUUUAUUUGUUACAACUAGACUAGAAAGGCGACAAGUUUGACAUUUACAGCAUAAUCGUCAAUCAUCACACUCAAAGAAUAUAUUACUCCAAGAAUUACACAUUAUCUAUGUAUCUAAGCACAUCACACUCAGAUUCAAUUAAUCUGGAUUCUGGAUCUCCAAAGAGUAUUUGGGUAUGUAAGGGAUCUGUGGAUCAUAUUAAAUCUCAACUCAAAUCUGUCUGUCUGUGUGUGUGUGCACUUUCAUCACUUGACGUUUGUGGUGAUAAACGAAUCUGUGCGUGUGAUUGUUAUUGAUAAUUGGUAAUUGGAAAUUGGAAAUGGAAAGUCCUUUGAUACCUACGGUCACCUGACACGUAUUUUGUGAUUCGGUACGCAUUAAAUUUUUCAGUGUACAUGUACACAGAGGUGAUGAAAGUUGUGAAAACUGAGGACAGUCUUGAGUCUUUGGAUGUUGAUAAAAACAUGGAAGUGAAAAAAGAAUAUGAUCAACUAGUUGCAUCUCACGGACAGCUCUCAGCACCUGAGGAGAGCAAGACUGAGUUGGAAUCAAAGCUACUGGAUGAAGCUCUCCGGGAAGCUCUCCGAAGGUCACAAACUUCAAGCUCCACAGACGGUAUGCCAGGAACACAUGAUCAGUUGAAGCAUGAAAAUACGACAUUCGGGUGUACUCUUUGUCUUGAAGACUUUCCCUGUGAAGAGGAGUACAAUGCUCAUAUGGACAUGCAUUUUCAGAUCAGUGAUGCUGACACUUCAUGUGUGACGUCACAAGUGUGUGAGGCUGGUGCAGCUGUGAGCUCGGGCUGGCACUCGGGACUCAUUGAGCUCAAGCAUGCAGUUCAGAGCCUGGAUGACUGUCACCCGAGCACAGACUUGGCUUCACCUUCAGUCCCUAAAUCUUCCGCGCAUCUGGCAACCAAAGAAAUUAAGACAAUGAAGGAAAAUAAUCAAUUACAUGACCAAUCGUCUGACAGCAACAUUAAAAGCAAGAAAGAUAUUAAAAUAUUUAAAAAUUGUGUAGUGCAACUAUGUGAUAUAUUAAAGUCAAGAAAGUUUGUCAAUUCUCGCAACAGACUUGUGGAUACUGCCUCUACUGAGUCUCAUUGUCAGACAAGUGCGAAUGACGUCAUCACGACACAAAACAAACGCAUUAAUAUAUCAAACACUUUGAAAAGUGAAACUGAUUGCUUGAAUAUACAAUUUAACUCAGGGGUACUGGGUACAAAUACUAUAAAGAAAUGGUUUUCUUGUGACAUUUGCAAAGUUGUGUUUAAACAAAAAAAGCUCUUGCGUGAACACAAAAAAUCUCACGCUGAAAAGGCAACGUUCACUUGCAAACUUUGCCAAUACAAAUCAGCAUACAAAGUUCCCUGCUUGGCCGCGCCACUUGCAACCAAAGAAGACUUGCCUGACAAGACUUAUAACAAUAAGUUAGAUAUUAAACUGUUCGCACACUGCGUCGUCAAAUUAUAUGAUGUAUUAAGAAAACCUGACAAAUUGAGAACUUCUACAAAAUCUCAUUGUGAGACAAGUGCUAGUGACGUCACUGGCGCACAAAAAAAACUUAUGAAAUCAUACACUUCGCAAUGUGAAACUCAUCGCUUGUGCAAUGACAAUAAAUUACAAUUUAGCAAAUCAGCAGUAAACAGUUUACACGCACGAAAUGCGAAGCGUUUUACUUGUGAUGUAUGCAGAACAACGUUUAAACAAAAUAAAUUCUUAGUUCAACACAUAAAAACUCACACUGAGAGAAAAAUGUUUACUUGCGAACUUUGUCAAUACCAAUCUGUGUUUAAAGGUAACGUAUCGAGACAUAUGCAGACUCAUAGCCGUAAAAAGCCUUAUUCUUGUGAAAUAUGCGAGUAUAAAAGUGCUAGAAAUUGCCACUUACAGCAACAUAUGCGAACUCACACUGGUGAAAGGCCUUACUCUUGUGAUAUAUGCGGGCAUGCUAGUGCUCAUAAAUAUCGUCUAGUGAUCCAUAUGCGCUCUCACACUGGUGAAAAGCGAUAUUCUUGUAAUUUAUGUCAGUUCAAAAGUAACCGCAAAUUUAAUCUAGUGCAACAUAUGCGAACUCACACUGGUGAAAAGCCUUUUUCAUGUAACUUUUGCAAGUACGCAAGUGUCCGAAGUAGUCACUUAGUGCAACAUAUGCGUACUCACACUGGUGAAAGGCGGUUGUAACUUUUGUGAGUAUACCGGUGUAAGUAGCAGUAACUUAGCGAGUCAUAUCCGACUUCACACGAAUGAAAAAUCAAAGAGUCAUAAGAAAUGAAACGCUACUUCUUUGAGACGUAAAUGACAUCUCAUGUGUUGCCUGUUCUUUAACCCCCGACGUAAAAAGAGGGUAGUUAUAAGUUUGACGUGUCUGUCUGUCUGUCAGUCUGUCUGGCACCAUAGGUGCCACAGACAAUUACGGAUUCAAUUUUUUUUUUUAUGAAAGCGGUUUUAAUUUUUUUUUUAUGAACGGUGACGGGUGAGUGUUCUUAGAUAUGUUUGAUAAACAUCGGUUGAGCCGUUUAAAAGUUGUGGGGGGUGAAAUUGGGGAAGAACAACCGAAUGUCUGCAAAUAUACUCGAGUGGGGUCUCAAAUGAAAGCGCAAUAUUGAUGACUUGAUCGAGAGUGUAAUUAAUAAUUUCAUGACCUUCGGAGGUUUUUCAAAAUUUUCAAUUUUUUAUUAUGACUAGUGAAUAUGACGUGACGCAAUCGAUACUUAUUUAUUUAUUUCAUUUGGCAUUCAUGCAUGGAGUAGGACGUCCCGUGGGUCGUUUUUAACGGCCUAAAGUGGGAUGCUUUGGUCCUAGCUAGUUACCACCCUACCGGCAAAGACGUAUCGCCAAGCGAUUUAGCGUUCCGGUACGAUGCCGUGUAGAAACCGAAAGGGGUGUGGAUUUUCUUCCUCCUCCUAACAAGUUAGUCCACUUCCAUCUUAGAUUGCAUCAUCACUUACCAACAGGUGAGAUUGUAGUCAAGGGCUAACUUGUACAGAAUAAAAAAGAAAAAAAAAUCGUCAUUGAUGGAAGAUCUUCCUGGCUUAACGCAGAUCUACAGCGGGGUUUUAUAUUUGCUAGAAUAGAUUACUUACCGAUAAAUAUUUUAAUAUUUAACGCUAAUUUGUAUAUUCUUUUUAAUAUAUCUAAUUGGUCAUUUAGUUAUUGUAUUUCUUGUAUCAAUUAUUUUUUUAUAUUUAAUAUAAAAAAAUAACAACAUACUAAACAACAACAACAUACGUGAAUAAUGGUAAUAAAAAACUAAAAAUUACAAGUUUUAAUUUAUUUAAUUAUAAUAAAUAGUCCACUAAUUUUUCAAUUACAAAUGUACCUUGAAAUCUGAAGGAAUUUGCAUACAAACGUU